AUGCUUAAACAUGUAUUUUUUUGCUACCGCUGGAGAGCAGAAUAUGGAUGGGUGAAAAGCAGAUUAAAUUUUUUAUGUGGUGCAUCGUGUUAUAGCAGUAAUAUAAAUAUGGAUAAGAUAAUAGAUGAAAACAAAUAUGAGUAUAUAAAAAAUUUGAGAAGUCAAGAGCUUCGAAUAUUAUCAGAGAAUUGUUGUGUAAAAAAGGUUGAUGAUGUAAUAAUAUGGAGUGAGAUAUGUCGUCAUUCUAUAGAAAAGUAUAAUAGUUUUAAAUAUUUUGAUGCUUUAUUAUUAUUAUCAUCAUUUGACAAAAUGAAUAUAGUGGAUAAGAGUUUAUAUAAGACAUUUUCGGAUGUAUUUAUUAAACAGAUAUCUUAUUUAAAACCUGAGCAUUUCAUUUUAUUAAUAAAUUUAUAUUGUAGAGUAAAUAUAUUUCCUCGUGUAUUAUUUACAGAGAUAUUUCAUGGUAUCAUAAAAUAUUGUAAUAAAUUAUAUCCAGACGAAUAUGUAAAUUUAUUAACAUGUUUUGCAAAUCUGAAAAUUGCAAAUAAAGAUUUAAUAAAAACAUUAUGUAAGAGCAUAAUUAAAAACAUUAAUUUAUUUGAUUAUAUACAUUUAACAAAUAUAGUCGGUGCAUUAAGAUCUUUAGAAAUAACGGAUGAUAUAUUUUAUUAUGUAAUAGAUCAAAAGCAAUUAAAAGAAUUAAAAUUCUUAACCGUUCAGGAGAUAUUUGAUUUUAUAAAAAAAAUAAAAUUAUUACAAUAUAGUUGGAAAUUAUAUGAACAAGAUUUAAUGAAAGAAUUUUUAUUCAAGGUGUAUAAUUUUAAAAAUGAAAAGGAUGUAGACCAGCUAGAUGAUCCUUUUGUUUGUUUAAAUUUUUUGGUUUCCAAGGGAUUGCUGCAAGGUAAUAAUAACACGAACAUAAAAAAAAAAAAUAAUAAUAAAAAAAAUAAUAAUAAUAAAAAAAAUAAUAAUAAUAAAAAAAAUAAUAAUAAUAAUAAUGAUAAUAAUAAUGAUAAUAAUAAUAAUGAUAAUAAUAAUAAUAAUGAUAAUAAUAAUAAUAAUGAUAAUAAUAAUAAUAAUAGUAGUAGUGAUUUUAUUGAUGAUAUUAAUUGUGGUGGUGCCAAUUUCCUCGUGGCCUUAAGCAAGUGGUGUGCUAACCAGGUCUAUCAUUAUCCUUCACGUUCAACAAAAAGACCAACAAGUUAUCAACUCAUAAAGUUAUAUGAAUUAAUGAAAGAAUUCAAUAUACAUAAUUCAGAUUUUAUUGAAAAAGCAAUAUACAGAUUUGUUAUUACUAGAGGAGGCCUAGAAAACAACCGAGAUAAAAUGUUUAAACCUACUUCCUAUCAGAAGGGCAGAAAAUAUAUAUUCACCAAAGAUCCUCAAAUUGAUCAUAUAAAUUAUGAAAAAAAUAAAGAACAUUCCUAUUCUCAUCAUUAUAAUCUUAAGGAUCACACAACUGAUUAUGAACAACAAAAUAUGCAUUAUCAAACAUAUGAUUAUAAUGAUGAACAUAACAUGAACCAACAAAAAACUUUAUCAGAAAAACAUAAAAGAAUAAAAUUAAGUAUGGAAAAAAAAACACAGAAUAAAAAAGAAACACAUUCAAAUUCGAGAUACUGCAAUUUUAAAUUACGACAAAGACCAAAAAGAAUAAAAAAUAGUCCAGCACCAAUAAAGGUAUGA